UGUAACCGCACCAUUGCUGGCCUUUCUUGAGAGCACCCCCGGGAGCCCGGGGGGCGCGACCCCCGGGCCCGGGCCGGGGCAGCUUGCCAUGGCCGACCCCAGCCACAUCCAGUCGGCCGCCUCCAAGAGCAUCCGUCCCUUCCGCUCCAGCGAGGAGUACCUGGAGGCCAUGAAGGAGGACCUGGCCGAGUGGUUCAACACCCUCUACGACCUGGACAUCCAGGUGGACACCUUCCUGGAGAGCCUGGAGACGGGCUGUCACCUCUGCCGCCACGCCAACAACGUCAACCGCACCGCCCUGGACUUCCAGGAGCGGCACCCCGAGGCGGCCGCCCGCAUGCGAGUGCCCCAGAACGAGGUGGUCUUCCAGGCCAAGAACGUGGUGCCCGGCUCCUUCAUCGCCCGGGAUAACGUCUCCAACUUCAUCCAGUGGUGCCGGCAGGACCUGGGCAUCCAGGACGUGCUGAUGUUCGAGACCAACGACUUGGUGCUGAAAAAGAACGAGAAGAACUUUGUCCUCUGCCUGCUGGAGGUGGCCAGGAGGGGCUCCAAGUUUGGGAUGCUGGCGCCCAUGCUGAUCCAAAUGGAGGAGGAGAUCGAGGAGGAGAUGAGGGACCAAAUGGCCGACGGCGCGCUGGGCACGCGCCGGGAGAGCCGGGACCCCCAGGCGGGCGCCUACCCCGGCCGGGCCCGGCCCAUCACCCUGGGCGACCUCAAGAACCUGGACGAGCUGGUGAGACACGCGCUCCCCUGGGAGCCCUGUGCCUGGGUGCGGGAGAUCCUGGGCUGCUGCUCCUGCCCCUCGCAGUUCCCCAUGGUCAAGGUCUCGGAAGGGAAGUACAAAGUGGGCGACUCCAACACGCUCAUCUUCGUCCGGGUGCUGCGGAGCCACGUCAUGGUGCGCGUGGGCGGCGGCUGGGACACGCUGGAACAUUACCUGGACAAGCACGACCCAUGUCGCUGUGCUGCCCUCUCUCACCGCCUGCCCCAGCCCCGCGCCCCGGGCCUGUCCCCCCAAAAAGCAGCUCCCGGCACCUCCUCGUCCCGCGCCUCCAGCCCCAGCACCCCCCGGCGCCCCCGGCCCCCUCCAGCCGGGGUGGAACGGAGCCCCCAGCCCCGGGGGGACCCCCCGAAACCCCCCAAGCAGGAGGGCUUGCCCCCCCGAGGGGGAGCCCCCCUCCGCCCCGGCAGCCCCGCCAGGAGCCCCGCGGAGCCGCGGGGAGCGGGGACACUCAGGCCCCGCACUCCCGCUCGCUCCCGGCGCUGCUCCGGUGACAGCGACUCCUCGACCGCCCCGGCGCAGAGCGGCCCCCGCCGCCCCCCGGCCCGCCGGGACCCCGCGGAGCCCCCGGCCCCGGGCUCGCCCCGCGCCUCCCGCAGCCCCGGGCGCGGCCCCGCGCCGCUGCUGCUCAUCCGCCGCCGGCCCGACGGGCAGCACUCGUGGGCACGGCCCGACGGGCAGCACUCGUGGGCACGGCCCGACGGGCAGCACUCGUGGGCACGGCCCGACGGGCAGCACUCGUGGGCACGGCCCGAGUCCCCCGCGGGGAGCCCCGGGGCGCGGCGGGACCCCCGGCCCGGCCCCGGGGACCCCGAGGAGCUGGCGCGGAGGCUGCGGGCACCGCGCUGGCUGGAGCCCGGGCAGGAGCAGCGGCUGUUCCAGCGGCUGGAGGAGGAAUUCCUGGCCAACACGCGGCUGCUGGAGCAGCUGGGGGACACCGAGAGCCCCCCCCCCGCGCCCCCCGCCACCGCUGACUCGGCCUAUUGCUCCUCCUCAUCCUCCUCUUCCUCCCUGAACGUCUUCGCCAAGCACGGGCUGCCCGCCGAGGACGGGCGGCGGGGCGGCGGCAGCGACGGGAACAACGACGGGAACAGCACCGGGAAUAACGGCGGGUGCCCCCCGCUGCCGUCCAACCCCACCCUGGCGGAUGCGAGGCGCCGCUCCACCUUCUCCAGCUCCUCCGACGAGAGCUGCUGCUUCCCGGCCUCCUGGGACAACCGGGACACCGCGGGGAACGCCGGCUCCGACACCGACUGGGCCACCGGGGACGACGAGCUGCUGGAGACGGAGGAGAGCCCCGGGCCGGGGGUCCCCGCGGCCCCACCGCGGCCCUGGGCCAAGCCCCGGCUGGACACGCAGCCCCACAAGACGCCCUCCCGGAUCCCCACGCCCCGGGGGUACGGGGCAGGCGCCCAGCGGGCCCCCAACGGCAGCCCCAGGGCCUGGGGGGCUCUGCAGAGCAUCCCCUCCCUCCUGGAGAACCCCUGGGCCCCGCGGGAGCGCCAGGGGCUGGAGGAGAACGCGUGGCCCUGAGGGGUGAUGGCCGUGGCAGCUCCUGGCAGCCCCUGGGGACAUCCCCGAGCUGCUGGGCAGAGUGGAGGUGGCACCUGAGUGAUGGGCACAGAGCUGGGGUGGACAGGACCUCUGCACUUGGUGACUGUUGGCAUUGGGGUGGGCCCUGCAAGGAGCCCCCAGCCGGGCCCAGGGGUGCCAGGGUGUCCCCAGGCCCUGGGAGCAGCUCCACAGGAGGGGCCAGCGUGUGCUCCGGGCAGUGGUGGCCAGAGCAGAGCUGGGAAUGGGGCUGGAGAACACCCAGUUCUUCUCUUCUUGGGCUCUUCAUCUCUCCUCAGUCUUCUCCGCUUGUUUUCUUUAUCUUAACCUUCUCUUCUUCUCCUCCUUUUCUUGCUAUUCUUGUCAUCCUCCUCCUCACCUUCUCUCUCCUCUCUUCUUUUGGGCUGCCUCCUCCUUCUCUUGUCUUCUCUCCUCUUGGCUUUCACAUCCUUUUCCCUCAUCAUCUUCUCCUCUUGACAUUCCCCUCUUUUCUUCAUGGCCUCAUCAUCGCUGCCUUGGCCACUUUCACCUCUCCACCCCUGAGAUGACUCGGGACGUGCAGUUUGUCACCACAAGCCCUGUUUCAGGGCAGGAGGAGGUCCCCAGCCCCCAGCUGGCCACAGCACGGCUCACAGCUCGUGUUGAUGUCCCCAGGGUGGGACAGGGCUGUGCCCCCAGCCCAGGCCCCCACCCCUGCAUGUCCUCUCCAGCCAGUAAAGACCACCGGAGCUGA